AACAUAUCUGAUGAGAGGCACGAAUUGGUGGGCCUUGAUGUUCUAGCCGAGUUCACUAGUGCAAUGUGCUUUGGUCCAUGAUUAGUUGGUUUGCGUCUUGGUUCGUAGUGUAGCAUGAUUAGAAUUCAGUUAUUGCAUUAGUUUGUGGAGUUGUUGAAUUAGUUUUCAGGGUUGUUAAGGAAAUAAAUACUUCCACCUAAAGUGGAACGUGCACAUAGGAAUAGUAGUAGUGGCUUUUUGUUAGGGAAGUUGUUAUUGGCAUUUGUAUUUAUACUUACGAAUGGAAUGAAAUAAGGUAGACAUAUUCAGAAUUAAGAAACCUCUGGUCAUUCUCGCCAAGAAAGGAGAAACCUGGUCGACUCCCGUCAAGAAAAGGGAGCUAUCCAAAUCUAUUCCGUAUCAUUUGGUAUCAGAGCCUCGAUCCGUGUUUCGAUCACGAUGAGCUCAGAGAAACCAUCAAGAGAUGAACUCAUCAAUCGGAUGAUAACAUCUUUGGAAUAGUGAUGGCAGCUUGCCGUAGAGCCACCAAGGCUUACGAUCGAGUCACUGCACCACCGCCGCAAGUUGAAGCUGCCGAUUCCGUAGAGGUAGAGGAAGAAGAUGUAUAUUUUUCGAUGUCGGACCACCUGCGCCUUUGAUGUCGUAUGUGUCUCCCAUAAUAGCGUCGUCGUCGACUGCCAUUGCACCGACUUCGCCGCUCGUUACCCUCGCCGCCAUGAAAGAUGUUAAAAUCGUUCUGCAACCAAGACCCCUUGCACUCCGGGUCGUCACAGCAGAGAUGUCGGUACCUACCGCUUCUAUUGUUGUUGUCAUUGGUCCACCACCGCCAAAGAUAGAGACCUUUUCGAGUUCGUUUGAAAGGCUGCAAUCCAACAUAGUUGAUGCAGAAAUUCCUAUCCUCUCAAUGACCAGAGUCUCAAGCCUAUCCAUCGAUUCGGGAGCUGCCGUGUCGAGCGCCUCAAACAACAAAGAAAUAGCAUAUCGGGUGGCAGGGGAGAUGAUUCCUCGGGAGGCUGGAUUAAAGGAUGUGAAAGAACAACAAAUUAUCUCAAUUCGAUUUGACGUUUCACGAAAAUUUAGAAGGAAAAGAGAGUUGGAGGACGGUGGCCAAGAGCGCAAUGGAGGAGAAGGAAGUCGUGAAGAAGAUGGGUUUUGCAAGAGGGCGGUGGUUGGUUCGAAUUUUGCGGGACUGGGUGCCGCAGACGAGCCUACCAUUCAAGGCUGCGUUUGGCUGACGAUGGGUGGAUUAACGGGAGGCCUUCUCUAUGGAGUGAAGCCAAACUCCAAGGCCAUUUCUCAUAGAUCACAUCAGCUGCAACCACCGGGUUCUGGUCCCAUUGCCAUGGAUUUCUAUAUGAAGAAAGCUAUUGUGGAGGCUGCAAAAAGAGCAUGAAUUCAGGCCGCCAAUGUUGGGCUACUGUCACAAAAGGGUUGGCGGCAGUCGCUGCUUGUCCACUCAAUUAAACGUGUAAGACUAACUCUAUCGUGGGGCAAAUAUGAUUAUGGGGGAAGGCUUUCUCUGCUUUGUUCAUGGACCAAGUCACGUGAGUGUGAAGGACCAAUUGUGCGCCGCACCUAUGAUCAAGCUACGGGGCAUAGAGUUCCUGCCAAUGCGAGAAAGAAGAACGGAGGUCAAGCUGCAACUUGAAAGUUUUGAAAGCGACCAAAGCCACGCCAUCUAGAAUCGUCGUUGUCGUCCUCCGCGCGUCGUCUUGGAAGGUUGCAUUUUCAAUGAUCGCUUCGUUAAGCUUGGCCUUGAGGACAAGGCCGUUUUUCAGGGGGUGGUAAUGAGAAGCCCAUACGUUCGUUCCAACACGGCUAAUAUGACAAUGAGGAGUAGCUCAGCCCAUCAGGAGCGAGGCUUGGUGUUGCAAGAGUUCAACCUUGGUUAGUUGAAGGUUUCCGUUAGUUGAAGGAGUUACAUAGACUUGUUAGAGUUUUCAUCUUAGUUGUUAUAGUCUUUAGAGUUUAGCUUAACAGGUGGAGCAAGUUUAGCCCAUUAGUUGCUGAAUGUGGGAGUAGUUCCUCGUAGAUAGGUUUAGUUGUCUUUCCUUUGCAAACGUGAUAUAUUUAAGUUAAGAGUUUAUCGAAUAACAGGCAAGCAAUAUAUGAGAAAAUAAGAAACCUCUGACCAUUCUCGUCAAGAAAGGAUAAACUGGUCUACUCCCGCCAAAAAAAGCGAGCUAUCCAAAUCCAACAUGUAUCAGAAAUGGAAUUCAUUUGUUGCAUUAGUUUGUGGAGUUGUUGAAUUAGUUUUCAGGGUUGUUAAGGAAAUAAAGACUUCCACUUUAAGUGGAACGUGCAGAUAGGAAUAGUAGUAGUGGCUAUUUGUUAGGGAAGUUGUUUUUGUCAUUUGUAUUUAUACUUACGAAUGGAAUGAAAGAAGGUAGACAUAUUUAGAAUUAAGAAACCACUGGUCAUUCUCGCCAAGAAAAGAGAAGCCUGGUCGACUCCCGCCAAGAAAAGGGAGCUAUCCAAAUCUAUCCCGUAUCAUAUACGAAAUAAGAUUACAAGGUAUACAAAUCACUUAAAGUAUAAAUCUUACUUAUAUUGUACACAAACUUACAAGUCUUCUUUGGUGACACGUCGUGCAGAAUGAUGGUGGUUUUCGACGACACAAGGCAUGACAAUAAUAAAGUUAGACUGCAUUCCCUUUUUGCAGCGUGGAUGAUGCAACGCGCGUAGAGUCCAUCGCUGGUAAUGGAGAACUUGGUGGCGUGGUGUGGUGCUCGAAACGACCAGGACGGGAGUUUCACUAAUGUUAGCAAAAUCAUAUCUCAGCAUCCAAGACCAACUUCGACAUAGAAAGCCUAACGGCACAAGCGGUUGCCCGUAGUUCUGACGGCAAAAACGUAGUGGUUGGUAGAGCUGGGGAAUCGAUCAAGACAAUUGCUGACGAUUCUGGAUAGGAGCUGGUCGUGCGAUGACGGCUUGAAAGUCAGUUGAGCUUCGCUUUCGUAAUCUGGACUAGUUCUCUCAUGGGGAUUCUUUUUCCUAACCCGUACGUCCAACCUGAAAUCAUAUGAUCCUGCUCUGAUACCAUUGUAAAAAGUCAUGUGAUCUAGGGUGUCUUUAAGUCGGAUUAUGAAAUUGGGAAUCAAAUUGAAAUAGGGAU